CUUUUUGAAGGGUUAAAGUUCACUUAAAUGUGGAAAGACUUGAAAAACAAAACCCAAAAUGUAUAUAUCAGACAAGUUCCCUAUGUGAAAGCAUGAUACGAUGGACUGAUCUAAAACAACGCAUUUUCCACAAGGCAGGUUUUAAGACCAAGUGUUGUACUGGUAAUGAGGGAUUCUGAGCAAUCCAGUUCACGAAGAUGAGGAGGUUGUCCCGAAAGAAGGCUUUCAGCCUGGUGAGAGAGUUGGACGCUUUUCCUAAAGUUCCCGAAAGUUACGUGGAGACCACAGCAACUGGCGGAACAGUGUCUUUGGUGGCCUUCAGUUUCAUGGCCCUGCUUGCGUUCCUGGAGUUCUUUGUGUAUCGAGACACAUGGAUGAAGUAUGAGUAUGAAGUUGACAAAGACUUCUCCAGUAAAUUAAGAAUAAAUGUUGACAUCACCGUUGCCAUGAGGUGCCAGUUCGUGGGGGCGGACGUCCUGGACUUAGCAGAGACCAUGGUGGCAUCCGAUGGGCUGAAGUACGAUCCAGUCAUGUUUGAGCUCUCACCCCAGCAAAGACUGUGGCACAUGACUCUGCUGCACAUCCAGGAUCGUCUCAGGGAGGAACACUCUCUGCAGGAUGUUCUCUUCAAGACUGCCAUGAAAGGAGCCCCCACAGCCCUUCCCCCCAGGGAGGACAGCCCGCCCCAGCCCCUGCACGCCUGCAGGAUACACGGACACCUCUAUGUUAACAAGGUGGCAGGGAACUUCCACAUCACCGUAGGAAAGGCCAUCCCUCAUCCCAGAGGCCACGCCCAUUUAGCUGCUCUGGUCAGCCACGACUCGUUUAACUUCUCCCACCGCAUCGAUCACCUGUCGUUUGGGGAGGAGAUCCCAGGCAUCCUGAACCCUCUGGAUGGGACAGAGAAGGUCUGCACCAGCCACAACCAGAUGUUCCAAUACUUCAUCACCAUAGUGCCCACCAAGCUCAACACCUACCAGAUCUCUGCCGAGACACACCAGUACUCUGUCACUGAGCGGGACCGUGUGAUUGACCAUGCGGCAGGAAGCCACGGUGUCUCUGGGAUCUUCAUGAAGUAUGACAUCAGCUCUCUCAUGGUGACGGUUACUGAGCAACACAUGCCCCUGUGGAAGUUCCUGGUCCGGCUCUGUGGCAUCGUUGGGGGCAUCUUCUCCACGACAGGCAUGCUCCAUGGCAUUGGGAGGUUCUUAGUGGAUGUGGUCUGCUGUCGCUUCCAGCUGGGCGCCUACAAACCACAGGAGGAGAGGUUACUGGAUGAUCAUUUGCACCCGCAGGAGGACCAGGUGAACGCCCAGGAUCCCACCCCCACAGGAAAUCAUACCCACUGACGCAAACCUUUUAAUGGAUGGCCGAGAUUUAUCCUUGUAGCCCAUUGGCUAGUUUGUUUUCUUAUAGGAAGUGUUUUUAACACAGACUCUAGUAAGCACAUUCACAUCAGCACAUAGUGUCAUUUACCAAUCAGAUGAGUAGACUGGACUGUUUUACCCGGUAAAAAGCUGACACCCUCAGCUGAUCUCAGGGUAAUGCAACACAUUUCUACACCAGGACCUGGUAGUGUUGGGUAGGGUACUUGUGUGAGGGGUGCGGGCCUUAGGUCUGUCUGCGUACAUUUUGAGUCAUGAAAUAAAAAAGAGGCAAAAAAGUAAUUACUACUUGCAAUAAUAAAACGGCACUAGUACACAUUU